CACCCUAAACACAUUAUCACACUUACACGGACAUCUGCUGAGAAGCUUUCGCAAAGAUGCCUUGCCUCACUGCUGUCCGCCAACAGAAGCUAAGAGUGCCAAGCUCUUACAAGUCAAUGCUGGAGAAAGUUCUCAUGGUGGACCAAAUCUUGUCGGAGUUCCAGCUCAGUAAAGAAGAGUUGAAGGAAGUGAUGAGACGAAUGCAGAGGGAAAUGAACCGAGGGCUUCACAUAGAAACACAUGAGGAGGCCAGCGUUAAAAUGCUACCCACUUAUGUCUGCUCCACUCCUGAAGGCUCUGAAGUUGGAGACUUCCUGGCAUUAGACCUAGGUGGCACUAACUUCCGUGUGAUGCUUGUGAUCGUGGGCGAGGAUGAGGAGAGAGGCUGGAAGGUGGAGACCAAGCACCGAAUGUACUCCAUCCCUGAGGACGCCAUGACCGGAACUGCAGAAAUGCUUUUCGACUACAUCGCAGAGUGUAUAUCCGAUUUCCUGGAUGAGCACCACAUCAAACAUAGGAAACUUCCUCUGGGAUUCACUUUCUCAUUUCCAGUUCGCCAUGAGGACCUGGAUAAGGGCAUUCUGCUCAACUGGACUAAAGGGUUCAAGGCUUCUGGUGCUGAAGGCAACAAUGUCGUUGGUCUCCUUAGAGAUGCCAUAAAACGAAGAGGGGACUUUGAAAUGGACAUAGUCGCAAUGGUGAAUGACACAGUGGCUACAAUGAUUUCCUGUUACUAUGAAGACCGGAGCUGUGAGGUUGGCAUGAUAGUGGGAACUGGCUGUAAUGUGUGCUACAUGGAGGAGAUGCACUCAGUGGAGCUGGUGGAAGGGGAGGAGGGAAGGAUGUGUGUGAACACUGAGUGGGGAGCGUUUGGAGGGAACGGAGAGCUGGAAGACUUUCGUCUGGAAUAUGACCGAGUGGUGGACGAGUCAUCUCUCAAUCCGGGAGAACAGCUGUAUGAGAAGCUGAUAAGUGGGAAGUACAUGGGUGAGCUGGUGCGUCUUGUUCUGAUGAAGCUGGUGAAUGAAAACUUGCUCUUUAAUGGCGAAGCUUCAGACAUACUGAAGACAUGGGGCAGCUUUGAGACUCGCUUCGUAUCCCAGAUUGAAAGUGACACAGGAGACAGGAAACAAAUCUACAACAUCCUGAGCUCCCUGGGGGUCCUGCCAUCCGAGCUGGACUGCGACAUUGUGCGUUUGGCCUGCGAAAGCGUGUCCACUCGAGCAGCACAGAUGUGUGGAGCUGGACUCGCCGGAGUUAUUAACGUCAUGAGAGAGCGCCGCUGCCUGGACGAGCUAAAGAUCACCGUGGGAGUGGACGGUUCCGUGUACAAACUCCACCCAUGGUUCAAAGAGCGGUUCCACAAAGUCGUCUGGGACUUGGCACCCAACUGCGACAUCGCCUUCAUCCAGUCAGAAGAAGGCAGUGGCCGAGGGGCCGCACUUAUCUCUGCUGUCGCCUGCAAGAUGGCUGCCCGCACGAUAGAGCCAUGAUGGGUCGCGGAGAUCAUCGUGACUGGCUUGUGAAUUAAGCUGUAGGAUCUCUGCGGUGAAGAAGGACACUCAUCUGGAGUGGCAUUAAAAGGCUCCCUUCGCACAGGAUGUGCAUUUCUCACUGUGGGGCUCGCCAAGUAGAGCACACAGUUAUAUAUUUGUCAACCAGAUUAGAACUUAAUGUACAUUUUUUGUUUUGUUUAUAUCUGGGGUUUUUGUUUAUGUGUAAAGAACAUUAAAUACAAACAUACACGUAUAUAAGCUACAAGAUUCAUAUUUGUAUGAGUAAUGGUAUUAAUACACCAGUGUAGAGGAAAUUUGUGUUUUAUACUGUACAUUGUGCUGUGGUUAGAGUAUAAUUCUGUCUUUAUUUGAUUUUGCUUAUUUUAUUUAUUAUUAUUAUUAUUAUUAUUAUUAUUAUUAUUAUUAUUAUUAAUAAUGUAAUUAUGAAAUGUGUUUAUGGUCUGUCACAAAACAUGUUGAUUUAAAUAUUAUGUUAGACAGCAGAGGAAUCAACUGUAACAAUGCUCAAUUAAUGUAAAUAAAGUUUC